AUGGUAUACGACGUGCUAUUUCUUCUAAGCUUUGCAAAAGCGAUUAGUUCAGGAGUUAUUGAUGAGUGUUUUGUGGAGAAUCAAGUUAACAAUCAAGCUGUGCGACGUCCAUCACAACUUGCCCAAGCUUGCAGCAAUAAUAACCAAGCUUUUUGUGCUGAACUUUUUGAUCCACCGGCUAAUGUUGCGGGAAAUAAUGCAAAUCCGGCAAUGUCUUAUAAUGUUAAUGAUCGGUGCCAAAAUGCUGCCCUUAAAGCGGAAGCCAUUAAAAUAUGCCCUCGUUCCUGCGCGUUUUGUUGUUUAACACCACAGUAUAAUUGCACAAAUGAGAAUGAAGAAAACUGCAAUCUAUUCCUUACGAUGCCUCAGUUUUGUACAAAUCCAGAUAUUUCGGCAAUAGCGUUAGCAAAAUGCCCUCGAAACUGCGGGUUGUGCAAUCAGCCUGGUGCAGGCGGUCGUUGCCCAGAUACUUCUCCAAAUUGUGCUGUGCUAGUGGCUCUCGCAGGCUGCAAGGAUACAAACGUACAGCGGAAUUGCAUGGGAACGUGCAACAUUAGAUCCUCUACAACAGGAGGACCACCUACAUGUUCAGACGAUCGUGCAAACUGUGCACAAAUGCAACGUUUUUGCACUGUGGAACCAUUCGCUGCAACAGUGAGACAACAGUGUAGAAAAACAUGCGCUAUAACAGGAGGAGCAUCUGCACGUCCAGACGAUCGAGCAAAUUGUGCACAAAUGCAAGUACAACGCUUUUGCACUGUGGAACCAUUCGCUGCAAUAGUGAAACAACAGUGCAGAAAAAUAUGCGGCUUAUACACAUAA